AACACACACAUAGACGGGUUGGUGGGACGCUGCGGGCAGUAGUAGCAGAUAAGCGCAGUGGUUGGUUUUCUACGUCGUUCCCCGUAGCUAAUGACCUGUUUUUUUUUGUUGGUGGUUUCUUACUCCACCGUUGUACUGUGCGUUAGAAAACAGGGGCAUUAGGCGGAGAGUGGUCACUUUUGCUGCGAUCAUACGUUUGACGUUGUUCCAACGGGUCAAGGAAAUUGGUUGGGCGAGAAUUUCGCGAGCUAAACCCCACCAGCAAGUGCGUGUACCUGUGUCGCUGUGGUGCUGUGCUUGUGUUAAACCAGUGUGUGAUCAUCGUGUGUACGUAAAGUAUAUCCCUAAAGUGUGCAUUUGAAGAUGGCUACCAGGAAAAAGGCGCUUCUGAAGGUGAUCGUGCUUGGCGACAGCAGCGUGGGAAAGACGUCGCUGAUGAACCAGUACGUGAACAAGCGUUUCUCGAACCAGUACAAGGCCACGAUCGGUGCCGAUUUCCUCACGAAGGAAGUGGUGAUCGACGAGCGAGUCGUUACCAUGCAGAUCUGGGAUACGGCCGGCCAGGAACGGUUCCAGUCGCUCGGCGUUGCGUUCUACCGUGGGGCGGACUGCUGCGUGCUAGUGUACGAUACGACCGCACCGAACACGUUCAAAAAUCUCGAAUCCUGGAGGGAUGAGUUCCUCAUCCAAGCGAGCCCACGCGAUCCGGACCACUUUCCGUUCGUGGUGCUGGGCAACAAAAUUGAUUUGGAAAAUCGAGCAGUAUCGACUAAACGAGCGCAGCAGUGGUGCCAGACGAAGAACGACAUACCGUACUUUGAAACGUCCGCCAAGGAGGGUAUUAACGUGGAUCUAGCUUUCCAAACCAUUGCCAAAAAUGCAAUAGCCCAAGAAACCGAGGGCGAUCUUUACAACGAUUUCCCCGAUCAGAUCAAGCUGAACACGCGCGACAGUCGGCCACGAAGCGGAGACAACUGCUCGUGCUAAUAUUAUCGAAUUAGUAAAAUUGACCGCCCCCCUUCCGACCCAACAGCAACAGCAACCAGCAUACACGAGGCAGACGGUGGCACGUUCGGUGCCCUCAACAAUAGCGGCAGCAGCAGCAGCGAAAGCUUCAGCAGAAGUAGCAGCUGUAACAGCAGCAGUACCAGUAGCGAUAGCAAUAGCAAAGACCGCGGUGAUGAUGGCGGUUGGACGACCGACGCCGCUACGGACGAUAUCCUUCGCAGAUGAAAGCGAUUUCCCCCAUUAUAAAAGUCAAAAUCCAACCCCCCAUUUUCUUCAGCCACAGAAGGCAGAUGGCUUCCCCCCCGGGUCGAGCACAGCAGCAAAGCGGUCGGUCGGUUAUAAUUAUGCUGUUCAGCGCGCUCUCUCUCUCUCUCUCUCUCCCUCGCUCGCACGCACGCACGCUCGCUUUGUCUUGUGCCAGGACUGUUCACCUAACAGAGUAAAAACAUUCACGAACAGGACACGGUUACAGUGCUAGAGUGCUAGAAAGCAGAACGGCAUAAACGGCGGGUUAAACAUUCACACACAUGAGAGGCUUGCACACACACACACACACACGCAUUGCGAUUUGGAUUUGGAUAUUUGAAUUUUGUUUCUUUUCUGUUUUGUAACUCUCACAGCAAAAGCUGUUAAGGCUUAUAUGCUCUGUAGUAAAUCAGAUUAUAUUACACACACACGCACACCCGGACACACAAUCAAUCAAACGGCACAGAGCGGUAACGGAAGCUUCCAAUUUGACCCCCGUAAGGCAGGCUCCUACGUAUCUCGUCAUGGGUAUAUAGGAUUAGCAUCGCUUUCGCCAAUCCAAGGUCCGGUGCGUUGCAUGUUUAGCGUGUGUUUUUGUUGUACAUUUCCCUGCCUUGAAGGAGAGGAUCGCGUCUCACUGCAUUGUUACAGGCUACACACUGCAUUGUUACAGGCUAGCUAAAUCAUGCGCGCGAUCGCGAUAGAAGAAAAACCUCCGCGCCAGCACGAAACGAUACGAUACCAUCCCCACUUAGGCAGGGUAGCGAGAAGGAAAGGAACCCACGACAGACAGAGAGAGAGCGAGAGAGAGAGAGAGAGAGAGAGCGGAGCUGGGCGGUGGCAGAAACGGAACGAAACGUAGGUGUGGAAAUGUGUAGUAAUAGUAAUGCCGUAAUUGAUAAUUCUAUCGAACAUUUAUACAUAUUACCUAUAUAGUAAAGAGGAAAAUUAUAUCUCAUAGAGAACAGAUACAAUAUUUAGUGGAAGUAUGAUUUUUCAUCGACUCUAGCACCACCACCACCAACAGCAUGCUUCGGUGUUGGUGUGGAUCCCCUUGUGAACUCCCGCUUCACAAUUAGCAAUUAGCUUUUUAUGGUUUCCUAAAUUUACAUCCAUGCUAAUCGCUUACCCGCUAUCGUGGAGAGCGGGCGGCUUGUGUUUUUGGUUCAUGGUUCGAUUAUUUGCAAACAAAAUCAAAUCCCCAAAGCAACGCUCCUCCCGCAAACAGCUGGUCAUGUAUGAGCGAGCGCAUACACAGAUUGUUUAAAUUCGAAAACUUUGCACCCAAAAUCGCGACAAUUAGAUAAACGAAAGUGUAGUAGAUUGAAAAUUGCAUUACCGUAACAUGAGCUCUCCCCCCACCAGGGCUGGCGGGGACGAGCGAUGGAUGAUGGAGUGUGUGUUAAUUGCCUACAUAACAGGAUUGCCAGCUAAACAGGCUCCAACCAACAAAAUGACACAUUCGUAAAAUUUUAGCUAUGAGAACUAAACGUGAUCGUUAAAAUGAUAACAAACAAAAAACUGGCGGCGAUUAACGCUGAGAAUGUGGCUGACAAAACAUAAGUAAAAUGAGAAAAAAAAAACAAUAAACCUUUAUGAUAAAUGAUUA